AUGAAGCCCGUAAUCCAGGUCUUAAGAAGUCAAGGUUUUCUAUCCGUAAUUUAUUUAGACGACAUCCUGCUAAUUGCAAAAUCGGAGCAAUUCUGUCGAUUAAUUGUAGCUAAAACGAGAACACUUCUAGAGUCUUUGGGUUUUGUCUUAAAUCUGGAAAAAUCGAAUUUCAUGCCUUCACAGCAGUGUCGAUUUUUAGGUUUGGAUUUUAAUAGUAAAAACUUCACAGUAGAAUUACCGAGGGAAAGAAGGGAUAACAUUUUGAAGUUAGCAAAAAGAUUUGGAUCUAAGUCAAGAUGCCGUAUUAGAGAUUUUGCUCAGUGUAUUGGGGUGUUGGUAUCAGCAUGCCAGGGAGUUAAGUAUGGGUGGCUCUAUACCAAAAUAGUGGAAAGUCAUAAAUACCUCGCGUUGUUGAAAACAAAAGGAAAUUUUGACGGUUUGAUGGAAAUAUCAAAGCAUGUGAAGACAGAAUUAGAGUGGUGGUCUGAGAAUAUCCUUUCAGUAAAUAAUCCUAUUAGAUUUUCAAUUUAUCAAUUAGAAAUAUUCUCAGAUGCCUCACUGUCAGGAUGGGGUGCGUUUUGUAAUGGCGAAAAGACUCAUGGCUGGUGGAAUACUGAAAAGCAAAAAGAGUUCAUUAACUUAUUAGAAUUAAGGGCAGCCUUUAAUGGCUUAAGGUGCUUUGCAGAAAAUCAUCGUUCUUGUCAGAUCCUUCUUCGCAUAGACAACACUACCGCAAUUUCCUACAUUAAUCGCAUGGGGGGAGUUCAAUCCAUAAAAUUGAAUAGUUUAGCAAGACUCAUUUGGCAAUGGUGCGAGAAAAGAAACCUAUGGAUCUUUGCUUCUUAUAUAAAGUCCAAAGAUAAUUCAAUUACUGAUAGCGACUCACGCAUCCUACCUCCAGAGACAGAAUGGGAAAUGAAUCAAGGGAUAUUUGUCUCCAUUCAGAAAAAGUUUGGUAGAUUCGACAUUGACUUAUUUGCAACAAAUAUUAAUAAAAAUUUUCAGAAGUUUAUUUCCUGGUUCAAAGAUCCUGAAUCAAUGGCAGUUGAUGCGUUCAUUGUAUCGUGGUCAACUUUUUUCUUUUAUGCCUUUCCCCCAUUUUCUUUGAUUUUAAAAGUUUUAAGAAAAAUCAGUGAGGAUCGAGCUGAGGGUGUUUUAGUUGUUCCUUUAUGGCCUACCCAAGCUUGGUAUCCUUUGUUCCUAGAAUUGCUAGUCGAUAAACCUCUUCAAUUUGGUCCCCAGAUAGACUUAUUGACUUGUCCUUUCUGGAAAGUCCAUCCUCUAGCCAACAAUCUUAUCCUGGUGGUCGGCAGUUUAUCGGGCAAGGAUUUCGAGGAAGCGGAGUUCCAGAUGCCGCUAUACCACUGA